GAAUUUUCAUCCAAUUAUCCCCUUAAUAUUUGGGCCACGUUUGGGAGGAGAACAGUCCUUCAAGCGUUACUCGAAAAAUGAUAAGCUCUUUGAGCUCUUUGAUCUCUUUGAAGAACGAAGGAAGAGAAGCUGACCGCCGAAUUCCGAUCAUCUUCUACUACAGGAUCGAUAUUCAGCUCAUCCACCAGACUCUCUGAAGUUGUAACUCAGCAUCGGAGUUAGACGACACAUUCAACACAAGAAAAGCGUCGUUAUAACAAGGUUAUAAAAUCUGGCCUAACAGAAUUGAGGGACCCAAGAAUCUUGUUCAGUGCAGAAUAUAAACUUGUGUUCUGUUUUGCUAUAAUAUGGCCUGAGGAUGAUUUGUGAAGAAAAACCUGGCAUGGCAUCUAUAUACUCGGUUGAUUCUAGAACUAGUUGCUCCCCGCUUGAAUUUCAUUGUGCAACCAUUAAGACAGCCAGCAAAUGUCAGCGUAUUAUCGUUCAUACUGUUACUCUGUCCUCUCCUUCUCCUGUAAUCUCUUGCGUAGAGAGUUUACCUCAAGGUGCACAUGUUUCACAUAUUCCAGUGGGUGAUUCAGAGCAUGGAGACUCAAAGUCAAAUACUGAGUCAACCACAUCUCAGGUCUUGCGAGAUGUACAUAUAUCAACACGGUUGAUGGAGGAUUUUCUUGAGCUUGCUAAAGAAAACACAGACAAGGAUCUGGAAACCUGUGGAAUUCUUGGCGCCUUUCUUGAAAGAGGAACAUUUUUUGUAACCACUCUUAUCAUACCCAAACAGGAAUCAACUUCCAGUUCUUGUCAGGCUAUAAACGAGGAGGAAGCUUUUGCCAUUCAAAAUGAGAGAUCUCUUCUUCCUGUGGGUUGGAUCCAUACACAUCCUUCCCAAAGUUGUUUCAUGUCAUCAGUAGAUUUGCACACUCAGUAUUCGUAUCAGGUAAUGGUACCUGAGGCUUUUGCCAUUGUUAUGGCUCCAACUGAUACAUCAAGGAGCUAUGGAAUAUUUCGGGUAUCUGACCCUGGUGGAAUGAGUGUUCUAAAAGAGUGCCAAGAGAAUGGAUUUCACCCUCACGAAGAACUAGCUGAUGGGAGUCCCAUUUAUGAGCAUUGCUCUUAUGUCUAUAAAAAUUCAAAUCUGAGGUUUGAAAUCUUUGACUUGCGUUGAUAUGCUUACAUCCAGAAAUACUGGUCUGUAUGUAUUGUGCAUUGUUGACAGGUUUGUAGGUAUUAGUAGACAGGGUGGUGACCUGAGUUGCUCCUUGCAACAGAGCUUGGCUGAUAUGUACAAAUGUGACACGAAUAAUGCCUUCCUGUUAAGUGUGUGUGCAUAUUUAGUGGGAAUAUGUAAAUAACAGUUGCUACUUGCUAACAAUAAUGAAAAGAACAGAUGAGUUGCACUUUUUUUU